AUGGGAAGGGAACCAAGGUACCAGGGCAGUGUGGGUCCAGUCAUUGACACAGAAUCAGAGGCCAGGCCAGGCCUUGUCCACCAUCAGCCACGGCCUCCUGACAGCACCAGGAUGGAAGUCAAAGGUCAGCUGAUCAGCUCUCCUACCUUCAAUGCCUCAGCUGCCCUUUUUGGAGAGGCUGCCCCCCAGGUGAAGUCAGAGCGUCUGAGGGGACUGCUUGACCGGCAGCGGGCCCUGCAAGAGGCCCUGAGCCUGAAACUUCAGGAUCUCCGAAAAGUGUGUCUCCAGGAGGCGGAGCUGACUGGCCAGCUGCCCCCUGAGUGCCCACUGGAACCUGGCGAACGGCCCCAGUUGGUGCGCCGUCGGCCCCCUGCAGCCCGUGCCUACCCUCCACUGCAUCCCAAUCCAGCACAUCACUCCUUGUGCCCUGUUGAGCAAGCUGCACUUCCAGAGCUGGAACGGGAAGUGUCGGUGCAGCAGCAGAUUGCAGCCGCUGCCCGACGCUUGGCCCUAGCCCCUGAGCUGAGUGGUGAACAGCGGCGACGCAGGCGCCAGGUACAGGCGGAUGCACUGAGAAGGCUGCAUGAGUUGGAGGAGCAGCUGGGGGAUGUCCGGGCCCGCCUUGGCCUCCCAGUUCUCCCUCCCCAGCCACUGCCACUGUCUGCAGGGGCACUUAUCACCACCCAGGGAGUCUGCCUGGGCACACGCCUAGCUCAGCUCAGCCAAGAAGAUGUAGUUCUGCACUCGGAGAGCAGCUCCCUCUCAGAGUCUGGGGCCAGCCAUGAUAAUGAGGAACCCCGUGGCUGCUUCUCUCUGGCAGAGCGCCCCUCGCCACCAAAGGCUUGGGACCAGCUGCGAGCAGUAUCUGGGGGGAGCCCUGAGCGACGAACCCCAUGGAAACCACCUCCUUCAGAUCUUUAUGGGGAUCUGAAGAGCAGGAGGAACUCUAUGACCAGCCCCAUCAGCCCCACACGCUCCCUGCCCAGGAGUGCCUCCAGUUUUGAGGGGCGAAGUGUGCCUGCCACCCCUGUCCUCACCCGGGGCACUGGCCCCCAGCUCUGCAAGCCCGAAGGCCUCCAUUCUCGACAGUGGUCCGGCAGCCAAGACUCCCAGAUGGGCUUCCCCCGGGCGGACCCUGCCUCAGAUCGCGCCUCCCUCUUCGCAGCUCGCACUCGCCGCAGCAACAGCUCUGAGGCCCUGCUGGUGGACCGGGCUGCUGCUGGGGGAGCUGGCUCUCUGCCUGCUCCUCUGGCUCCCCCUGCCACUGGCCCACCAGUCUGCAAGAGCAGUGAGGUGCUGUAUGAGCGCCCCCAACCAACCCCUGCCUUCUCCUCUCGCACAGCAGGGCCCCCAGACCCUCCCCGGGCCGCCAGGCCUAGCUCAGCUGCCCCUGCUUCCCGUGGAGCCCCCCGGCUCCCACCUGUGUGUGGGGACUUCCUCUUGGACUAUUCCUUGGACCGAGGCCUGCCCCGCAGUGGCGGUGGGGCAGGCUGGGGGGAGCUGCUGCCUGCAGCUGAGGUCCCAGGACCACUCUCCCGCCGGGAUGGGCUCCUCGCCAUGCUCCCUGGCCCACCACCCAUGUAUGCAGCUGAUGGCAGCAGCCCCCUCCUCCGCAGCAAGGACCCCCACACCCGUGCCACCCGUACCAAGCCCUGUGGCCUGCCCCUGGAAGCUGCUGAGGGUCCAGAGGUGCAUUCAAACCCUCUGCUAUGGAUGCCCCCACCCACCCGGAUCCCCCCGACGGGUGAGCGCAGUGGCCACAAGAACCUUGCCCUGGAGGGGCUGCGGGACUGGUACAUCCGGAACUCGGGACUGGCCAUGGGGCCCCAGCGCCGGCCUAUGCUCCCUCACGUGGGCCCACCACACCCACCCUUCCUUCAUGCCCGCUGCUAUGAGGUGGGCCAGGCGCUGUACGGGGGCCCCAGCCAGGCUCCGCUCCCGCACUCGAGGAGUUUCACGGCACCCCCCGUUUCCAGCAGAUACUACCAGACUUCCUGUACCCCACCCUGCCCCCAGCUAAAGGCUCCUUUAAGUGAUCCACUAUAGGGGAACCAGUCUUCCAGUUCUGACCCCCAGACCCCAGGGACACUGGUCUGA